GCAUGCUCUGAAUUCCCUCCACGAGAACGCGCGGCGGAAAGGACCAGUGAAGCACGCCGUGUUUGUUUUGUCAGAGAGAAAAAUAAACCGAGAGAGAGAGAGAGAGACUUUGGAGGUCACUCAUACCCUUAGUCAGUAUGGGACUCUAAACAGUCAUACUCGCCUGGUGGGUUUCUGUGCUUAUAAAAGAAAGGAAAAUAGACAGAAUGUGGUUUUAGUGUCCUUAUGAUGCAGCUGCCAGUAUGACACACUCCGUGGGUUCCGUGGGUUCUCCCCGCAGGCGAAGAUCCGGAGAAUGAUGGACGAGAAUAAUCAGCUCGCGCAGCGGACCGAUGGCGCGAUCCAGUGCGCGAGUCAGGAGGUUGCGAACCAGCGCGCGGAGCUGACAGCCACCGGUCACAGACUGGCGGAACUUUGCGAGCUGGAAGAACCGGGCGAACCGCAGGAACAUCAUCAGCAGCUGCAGCAACAACAAAACAACCACGAUGCACCAGUGCAAAGGCAGAAAGCUUUGACUGAGCUUAGUCAAAAAGGUGACAUUGUUAUCCAGGAUACUUCAUUAGAUAAAGUACUGUUGCAUGAGGAGGUGGUGCGUCUGCAGGAGGAAGUGUCUGUGUUAAAGCAGGUGAGGGAGAUGUUGAACCGUGAGCUGGAGGAGACGGGAGGAGGCUGCUCUGUGGAGCUGCUGUCUGUCUCACAGCUGCGAGUGCAGCUGACGCAGAAAGAGCAGGAGCUCGACAGAGCCAAAGAGGCAUUACAAGCAAUGAAGGCAGACCGGAAGCGUUUGAGGUUGGAGAGGACUGAUCUCAUAAAUCAGAUGCAGCAACUAUACACAACACUGGAGAGCCGUGAGGAGCAGCUACGAGACUUUAUACGCAACUAUGAACAACACCGAAAAGAGAGUGAGGAUGCGGUGAGAGUCUUAGCCAGAGAAAAGGAUCUGUUAGAGCGGGAAAAAUGGGAUUUACGUCGGCAAACCAAAGAGGCCACUGAACACGCCGGUGAGCUCCGCUCUGCACUGGACCUGAAAGAGAACAGGAUCAAGGAGCUGGAGGCUGAACUAACUAUGAUGAGUAACUUUAUGGCUCAGAAACUAGAGAGCCGCGUUUUCGUUCGCUCUCCAGAAAGACCAGCCUCUCCUAAAAACAAGUUGGCAAAACAGUCUUUGGCUACGCUCACUAAGGAUGCUCCUAAGCGACACUCGCUGGCCAUGCCUUCGGAGACUGUCGUCAACGGCAACCAAGAGUGGGCGAUGCAUGCAGAGCUUCCUCUGACUGCAGCGAUACGACAGAGUCAACAAAACCUUUACCACUCGAUGGACAGACAGGUGUUGAAAGUAUCGCCGUGUGUGUGUGAUGCUGAUGGUGUCAGUAUGAUGUCAUCGUCUGCAGCCAGGAUCAGUCCCUGUCACUCCAAACAAGCGUCAGUCAUCUCGGAUGCCUCUGUAAUGGAGGGAGAGAGGUCGUUAACAACAUCAGACUCACCACGUCAUAGAACACAUUCUCUCUGCAAUUCUCUGGAGGAUCUCGAGGAGCAGAGACGCCGGAAGAAAAAGGAGAGGAUGGGGCUGGGCUCUCUGUCACGGGUGUUUGGUCGAGGAAAGCAAAGGAAGUCCCUGGACCCCACUCUGUUUGAUGACUCUGACAGUUUAUCAAGCCCCACCCGCCUCAGUGUGAGCCUAUCGGAAUGCGAGGAGAAGCUGGACCGGCUUCAGCAGGUGGAGCUCGCGCGGACGGUGCCCAUGUCCCGCUGGCGUGCUGGAACUGUGCAGGCGUGGCUGGAGGUGAUCAUGACCAUGCCAAUGUACAUCCGUGCCUGUGCAGAUAACGUUAAGAGUGGCAAGGUCUUGUUAGUUCUUACUGAUGAUGACCUGGAGUCUGUUUUGGGUAUCAGUAAUUCAAUGCACCGCAGGAAACUCCGUCUGGCCAUCGAGGACUACAGGGAUGCAGAAUUAGGACAUGGGCUUUCUAAAGCAGCAGAUAUGGAUCAUCACUGGGUUGCUCAGGCAUGGCUGACUGAUGUGGGUCUCCCUCAAUACUCUCAGUUUUUUCACACUCACCUAGUGGACGGGCGUCUCCUGAGUACACUCACACGCACAGACUUAGAAAAACAUAUGCAUGUGUCUAAAAAAGCCCAUCAGAACAGCCUGCUUCUGGGAAUACAGCUGCUACACACUCUCAACUUUGACAAAGAGAUUCUGCAGUCCAGGCGAGCAGAGUGUGAAAAUCUAAAUGCAGAUCCUGUGGUGUGGACUUGUCAUCGCAUCAUCAAAUGGAUUAAAGAGAUUGAUUUAAAGGAGUUUGCUGACAGCCUUCAAAAUAGUGGGAUUCAUGGUGCAGUCAUGGUGUUGGAUCCCUCCUUCAGCUCUGAUACCAUGGCAAUGGCUUUAUGUAUUCCAAGCAACAAGCAAAUGGUGCGCCAUCACCUGAAUGAAGAGAUGAAGGCCCUUGUCAGUGCAGCCAGAUGUCUGUAUCAAAUCAGGGCAGGACUCGAUCAGGAUGUUGAACCUUUGGGGACCCCACCAACACUACACCAGCAAAGUUCUCUAAGCAGCUCAUCACCCAGUUGCCAUGACGAUCAACAGUCUUUAAGCAGGGUAAAGCAGCAGCUUGGUCUCAGCCCAAAGAAUUUCACUGGAUGGAAGAUCAGACACCUGAACAGGUCUGGGUCAUUUCCAAGGAAUGGACUUCAAGAAGCCUUUCUACAAAGAGAGUGUUGCCCAGUUCGACAUUUUUCGGCUGCUGAGCUCACAAAUGUCUGAGCCUUUCAAUCAAAAACACUGCCGAAAAACAGGACACUUUCUUAUUGUUCCCAAAUGGGGAGAUGUUGUUUUAUGUUUUAACUCAAUACAAGUUCACUUUUUUUCAGAAAACACUCUUGGACUCUCUAUUUACCAGUGGAGGUCUUGGCAACAUGUUGUAGGCCUAAUGUCAUUGUUAGUAUGGACUCUCAAAGUGAGACAGUUUAAAGAUCAUGGAAUCAAUUUGAAAUAGCAAAUACAAAUAAACAAUAUAUUAAUCAGUUUAGAUCUUGGGAACUUCUCAGUGAAAAUUGUCUACAUUAGAACUUUUUAUUUUUUAUUUAAUGCAUUUAUUUUAGAAAAUAAAAUCGUGAGAACAUUAGAUUUACAAUGUAAAUUGUAGUGUAUAAUGUAAUUGAAUAUACACAAAUUUUGUGAAUUUACAUAUCAACCUAGUACUAAUAUCAGAGUUUAAUUAAUCCUGUGGUUAAUAUUUAAGUAUCGAUCAAGGUCAUCUUGUCAUUUAACAAAUAUGUUAUCCAAAGCAGUAUAGAGUUCACUCACAACACCAAACUGUAAGGUGCUUUAAAACCAACCAAGGGUUAAUUCCCAUUGCACAAGAACACAAUGAUAAUAGAGUAUUUUACCCAAUCACAUUGCAUUAUUUUGUAUAAUAUAACGUGUCUUUAAAUUUGACAAUAGUCCCACAUGUUACUUUUUGGUAGCAAAUAUCAUGUAUAAAUUUCAUGUUAUUCCAAA